GAGCAGCAGAGAACAGGAGACCUUUAAACCAUCUUUCCAAUGCAGUUCCCUGGAGGAAAUAAAAGAGUCAGCUGGACCCGUUAACUACUCAGUUCCAAUCAGAUCAGUCGGUACUGGACUGCCCGACGCUUCAGAGUCUGGUUUGAGGAGAAGAGAUCGCAGUAACUCGUCUCCUUCUCUCAGCUGGCCUCUGAUUUCUCAGGAUCCUCCUGCAGACGUCAGCAUCUUACCCCGAGCUGCAAGUUUACCCAACAUGAAGCUCCAGAGCAGCUUUGAGGAGUUUACUCCUGAUUUCACUGGUGAUGAAGAUGAUGAAACCUACUGGUUGCGGUGCUCCAGUCCAGGCCUGUACCAGUGCAGAGUGAGUGGCCUGGUGUUUGCCAUGAAGGCAGAAGGAGACGUGUCCUACAGGAUUGUUCCUUGGAGCAGCAGGUUACUGAGCAAACAUGGCAAGAAGCCUGCAGGACCUCUGUUUGACAUCAGAUGUCAGCAGCAGUCUGUGGCUCAGCUCCAUCUCCCUCACUGUGAGAUCUGCUCCACAGGAGGAUGUACCUACCUGUCAGUCGCUCACAUAGGUGAUGAAGGCAUUGAGUUCAUCAAGCCUGAGAAGAUCACAGAAACUCACGUCAUCAUCAACAUUACAGGGUUUUCUGCUUUUGGUAACGUCAAGGAUGAAGAUUCUUCUCCUGACCCGGUCCAAGCCUUGGUUCUGCUGUUCUACAAGCCUCCAGCUGCUCCAGAGUCUGAUCAUCAGAUUAAUGUGUUGCUGCUGCCAAAAAACGUUGUUCUGAGACAUGUGUUACGUUUUAGAAAGAAAAUAGAUGGAGAUGAGAAGUUUCUAGAGACACCUCCACAAUGCAAACUGCAGCCGAACCAGCUUUACACUCUAUCCACACGUCCUGGAAGAGACUCGGUUCUGGUUCAGCCCAAAGAAGCAGAGUUUGAUGCAGAAUCAUACGACAACUAUUUGCCAACGUUCCAGGUGGUUUAUGAGAAUUUCAUGAAAUACAUUAAACUGUCUCUGAGGGAACGUGGCUCCAGCAACGUCUGGAGGAGACAGGUUUGUCUUUCUACUGCUGGAGUGAGAAGAUCCUAUGGACCGACCCGACAGAAUGUCGGUCCAAGCGAGCAUCUUAAGGAAAUAAGGACCGACUUCAUUGAAAGGAUAUCAGAACCGGUUCUGAAGAAUCUUCUGGACAAACUUCUGAAGAACGUCCUCAGAGAUGAUGAGACGGAGGCAGUAGAGAAGGAAAAGACCAGAGGAGAUAAAGCUCGACUUUUAGUUGACAUGGUGAGGAGAAAAGGUGACGAUGCAAGUUCAGAGAUGAUCCGCUUUCUCACUGAGCUCGACCCGUUUCUCUCUAAACAUCUGGGGCUGAUAUGAGGAAAAAUUAACAGGGUCCACCGAGAGCUCUGUUUUCUGUUAGACUCUGAAAAGGUUGAAACUUUAGUGAACCUUCAUGAUCUGCUUCAAAUGAUUCAAACUUUGUAAAGAAAGGACAAUUGCAGCUCAAUGUUUGCUAAUGACUAUUUGCACACUUUAACCUCUCAGGGAGCGUUUGAUGCAAUUGCACAGUAAUUUACAUCUGCUGUCUUUUCUUACUUGAAAAUUUAAAUCUUGUCAGAUGCUACUAAUUAUUGCACACUUUUUAGCUUCUUAGGUGGUGUUGCCGGCCCGUUCAGUUUGAACAUUUUAUGUUUGAUUUGUGUCUGAUAGGGUUAUUAAAGAUAACCCCUUUUAUCCUAGAAUGAAAACCACACAACACAAGUUUUAGACAUUUUCUAUAGAAAAGGACAGAGGAUACCCAAACGGAGAACUACACUCCCUUAAAGUUUAGGAACGUCUGUGCCGGGUUAUCUCUGUCCUUCUGUCUUUAUUAUCACACAUCAAGGAGGGGGUCAGGAGGUUUCAGCAAUUUACAGCAUGGGGGUUAAAAACGAUCAGGAGGUUAAAAGCAAAGAAGGAAACAAUUGGAAUUGCAGAUGGCGAUUUCUCACCAGCUUCAUGCACAGCCGGAUAAGGGAGACAUUCCUUAGAGAACCAUUUGUUAUUCCUGCCUAGGGGUAAAUACAACAAAACCUUCCUGAAAGCAAAUUCUUAAACAAACCAAAUGGCUGUAACUUGAUAAAAAAUAAAAUGAUUACAUUCACAUUUUCCUAACAGUGUCUGUGUGUUACGUCUGAAUCCUGAGCUGGUGUCUCACCAGAAUUUCAUUAUUGUUACAUGAUAUCAAGAAACAUUCUUGAUUUUUAAUAAUGACAACGAAAGACUCUUUUGGCCUUCACUAUUCAGAGCCAUUUUGGAAUGAACCUGUAAUUAACAGCAAUUUAAAUAAAAAAUAUUUCCAAAGAUUUGAUUUACUAAAGA